CAAGAUACUCACCCACGGUCGCUCUAUUCGUGUGGCACUUCGAGGCCAUGCCCUGACAAUUCUAAACUCCCACAGUUAUAGAAUAUCUGGCAUGGACAAGAUUGGAUGAUGAUCCAGUGUCUUUCAUCGCUUCUGGUUGGCAAUAUCCGUUUCUCUUCACCAUGAGGUCAACUCUCCCCAGGUCGCUCCUUAGAGCUUCACGCCCCAAAGUCGGCGGUCAUUCAGCUUUAGCUCGGCCUCAAUUUACCCGUCCUACCUUUCAGAGACGUGCUUCAACGGCCACCGAGGCUCCUGCAGCUACUUCACGACUCGUCAACUUCUUCUAUGGAUCGACACUCCUUCUCGGGCUAGGUAUUGCUUUUGUAUAUGUCACCGACACUAGAGCCAGUGUCCACCGAUACAUUGUCAUUCCUGCCUUGAGAUUUAUCUACCGAGAUCCAGAAGAUGCUCAUCAUGCCGGGAACCAUAUAUUGAAGACUCUGUGGGAUAUCGGUCUUCAUCCUCGUGAGCGGAAUGAUCUCGACAGCGCCAAAGACCUCCAGGUCGAGGUCUUUGGCCACACUUUAAGAAAUCCCAUUGCAACCUCUGCCGGUAUUGACAAACAUGCUGACAUCCCCGACCCCUUGUUUGCCAUUGGGCCAGCUAUUGUCGAAAUUGGAGGCACCACACCGGUCCCACAACCGGGCAACCCCAAACCACGUGUUUUCCGAUUGACUUCUCAGAACGCGCUCAUCAAUCGAUACGGCCUGAACUCGGAAGGCGCAGACCAUGUUGCCACGCGAUUGAGAAAUCGUGUCAGGAAAUUUGCCCAUUCACUUGGCCUUGGCCAUGAUGAAAUGGCCGAAAGAGCCGUCCUUGACGGGAUGGCUGGGGUCCCGCCAGGGAGCCUCACGCCGGGUAAACUCCUCGCUAUCAACAUCGCCAAAAACAAGACGACACCAGAAGAUGAUGUUGACGCUGUGACCAGGGACUAUGUCUACUGCGUGGACAAGUUGGGCCCGUAUGCGGACAUUCUUGUGGUCAACGUCUCUAGUCCCAACACCCCGGGCCUUCGUUCGUUGCAGCAGUCGGAUAAACUUCAAAAGAUUCUCAGCGGUGUCGUCAAGGCGGCCGGCGCGGUCCAGCGAACGGAAAGACCCAAAGUAAUGGUCAAGGUCAGCCCGGACGAAGACUCCGACGCUCAGAUUUCCGGCAUCUGCGAGGCUGUUUGGGCAUCAGGUGUCGAUGGCGUGAUAGUCGGAAACACCACAAACCGAAGACCCGAACCCUUGCCCCAUCUACACGCCUUUUCACCACUCGAACAACAGCAUCUCUUGGAAACAGGUGGCUUCUCAGGACCUCACCUGUUCGAUCGAACUGUGUCUCUCGUGAAGAAAUACCGCAAGCUUCUCACAGAGAAACCAGUGGAUUUUCAACCACUUGAACAGAAACAGGGUGCUCUAGAAGCCGAGGCUGAACGGGUUGUUCAGGCCCAGCUGGACUCCAACGAUCAAGCGAAAGUCAUAUUUGCCACAGGGGGGAUCAGUAACGGACAACAGGCGCUCCAAGUGCUCAACGCUGGGGCCGACGUAGCCAUGGUGUACACAGCACUCAUCUACGGCGGAGUGGGCACCAUCUCACGGAUAAAGGACGAGAUGCGAGAGGAAAUGAGACGAAAGGCUCCAGCCUGACAACGCCCCCCUAUGACUUACACUUAAGGAUGAGGAGACCCUCGAGACUUAAGUUAGGCCCUGCCUGGCUGCAAAAGCGCUUUUGGGUGGAUAUUUUUGUUUACAGGGCUAGUUUAUCUUGAGAUUUAGCCCAAAAGUGAUGUUCCCCCUUGUAGACUAGUAAUGCAGAUGGAAAGACUGCUGGCUAUGAGGUUGCUAAGAGUUGUAGAGAGAGAAGAGAGAGUCCACUCUGGUGAGAGAUCUCUAGUAAUUAGUAGUCUCCUGCCAAGCGCAAAUAGAGGAAG